AACAUGCUAAGAAAAUUCAGUUUACUACUAACAUUGGUGGCUUUCGCAGCUGCCUAUGAUUUGGAAGCCAAUCCCUUCAUCGACAUACCUUUCAAGCCCAUAACCACUUCGGAGGAUCGCAUCAAGUCCCAUGGCUAUCCCGGCGAGUCCCACUUCGUGGAGACUGAGGAUGGCUACGUGCUGAACAUGUUCCGCAUUCCCUACUCGCCCAAGCUGAACAAUGCACAGGAGCAGCGUCCUGUGGUGUUCAUACAGCACGGCCUCUUCAGCUGCUCCGAUUGCUUCCUGCUGAACGGACCCGAUAACGCUCUGGCCUAUAACUUUGCCGAUGCGGGCUACGAUGUCUGGUUGGGCAAUGCUCGUGGCAAUCUGUAUUCGCGCCAGAACACGAAGAUGAGUGUGAAUCAUCCGUACUUCUGGAAGUUCAGUUGGCACGAGAUUGGCGCCUACGAUCUGCCCGCCAUGAUCGAUUAUGUGCUGGCGGAGACGGGUGAGAAGGCUCUCCACUAUGUGGGACACUCCCAGGGCUGCACCACGUUCUUUGUGAUGGGCUCCUUCCGACCGGAAUACAACGAGAAGAUCAAGACAGCCCAUAUGCUGGCCCCGCCCAUUUUCAUGGGCAACGUCACCGACGGCAUUGUCGUGGCCACCGCCCCCUAUGUCGGCACACCUGGAACGGGCGCCUCCUUGCUCGAAAACCAACUGUUCAUUCCCCAGAAUACCUUCAUCUCCCGUCUGCUCGACACAAUGUGCAGCACCGAAACCAUUAUGCUGGAAUACUGUAAGACACUCUUCCUGAUGUGGGCCGGACCCGAUCUAGGCAACCUGAAUGUGACUCUCUUGCCGCAGCUGGCUGAAACGCAUCCCGCUGGCAUUUCGUCCAACCAGGGCAUACAUUUCGUACAGUCCUAUGUCUCGAACGACUUCAGGCAGUACGAUUGGGGCACGAAGAAGAAUCUGGAGGCCUAUGGCCAGGCAGAGCCCCCGUCCUAUGACUUGACUAAAAUUUCCUCCGCUGUCUAUUUGUAUUAUGGACUCGCCGAUGGCUCGGCCAACAAAGAGGAUGUGCUGCGCCUGCCCGAAUAUUUGCCCAAUAUGCGACUCCUCCACGAGAUUCCCGAACCCACUUGGGGGCACUUGGACUUCAUUUUUGCCCAGCAGGUUAAGGAAGUUAUCAACGAUAAGGUUCUGAGCUACUCUAAUUCCUACGAAGGCAAAAAAUAAACAC